AUGGUUUCGCCAGCUGUUCCGGAGCUGAUCGAGGAAGAUGACACUCUCUAUUCUUCCAUAGAUGCCCGCACCGAAUCCCUACAGAACCUGAGAGAACUUGGCCCUCCAGAUCUUGUUCACCUGGUGAAGCAGUCGAAAUCUGCUCCAAAUAGUCAGACCGGAGUCUACCACCAUGUAACGGGCGUAGAUGCGUCCUCAUCUGCCAGUUUAGCGGCAUACGUGAAUACUCUUACCUACUCACCGGUUGACAAACAACAUAAAGUGGUUGCGGGAAUAUACUGCUGCUACAAUGCAUUCUCUCAUGUAGAUAUGAGAGUUGAAGUGAAGAUUCCCGGCAGUUUGGAGAGCUACUGCAUCGAUGAGCGAGGAGAUAAACGUGUCGCAACCGAAGCAUUAUGGCUAGAGACAUUCGUGUGUGGUGUGCUCAGAUCAUAUUCUUACGCAGAUGACGGGAGUGGGGAUGCUAUUAAGAAGAUUGUGGGUGUGAGGAGAUUCAAUCCCAUCACGAACACUGAGAUGGAACACAAAUUCUUAGAUGCUGCGGAGAAGCUCUUUUUCAACGGCCGACAACUUAGCUCUGACCCCGAAACACAGGUUCCUAACACCGUCACUAACCACCUUACCGCCGGUCUUUUGAAAUAUAUCAAUACCACUGGGCGAUACGUAUCUGGAAUUAAUCUUUUCGAAAAGCUCCGAGCUCGGGAAGUAGAGGUUUCGUCACUUCUUGCGCGUGUUCUGAUAUCUGCGGAUGAGGAAGUGCAGGCAGUCCGGUUAAUGCAUGAUGCUCUCAAGGACAUUCCAAUGGACUAUGCGCUUUUAGAUUGCCAGGCGGCAUUCUGCCAGAGUAAAGGUGAGCAUGAAAUGGCACUCGAAUGCGCAAAACGCAGUGUGACCGCAGCACCAAGCGAGUUCAGUUCCUGGAUCCGUCUAGCAGAGGUAUAUGUCAGUCUUGAGAAAUGGGACCUGGCUCUACUAACGUUGAACUCCUGUCCCAUGUUCAACUACCAGGAUCGAGACUCUCCACGGAUGCCACAACCAUCCCGCAUAAUUCUUCCAGUCCUUCCUGAAAGCAUGCUGGACGAGAUUGAUGAAGGUCAGCCCAAAGAAGGCGGGCCCCAUGACAUGGUACAUCCUACACUGCGGAAACUCCAUGCAGGAAAUUAUCAGGGUACAUUCCUCAAAGCAUAUAGUCUGUUGACUAAGAUAGCUGCGAGCAUUGGGUGGGAUCAGCUUCUGAAAAUCAGAAGUGAAGUGUUCGUCAUGGAGGAAGAGUAUAGGGUUGAACGGCAGACGGCAGCACGGCCAGGAAGCAACACUCACAAUGCCAGCACGGUAGCUCUACAUGACGGCGCAAGUGAAGCGACCGGGACUGAAGACGAUGGGAAGUCUGAAAACGGUAACGGGAACGGGAGUGAUGAAACGUCCGAGCAAAACGGGAAUGGGGAGGGCGAACCCAAAAAAUCCUCUGAACACCAUGGAAUCGAAAGGCCUAAUCAGACUAUGGCUUCAGAGGUUGUCAAGUCUGGCAAUGACGACGAAAACUCCCACUCCUACUCUCAAUUCCACAACAAACGCCUCUGUGAGCGCUGGCUAGAUAACCUAUUUAUGGUCCUCUAUGAAGACCUGCGCGUCUAUACCAUCUGGCGUUCUGAGAUGGCGCAGUCCCGUCAACAGUCACUCGACUAUAAGAAAUCUCCAUCAGAAUGGGAGAUACUCGGGGAGCUUGCGGAGCGACUCCAUCACCUACCGGAGGCAAUCGAGGCAUAUAAAUACUGUCUAUCCGUCCGAUUUUCUCCAAAGGCGCUGAAAGGCAUCCUGAAGCUAUAUGAACGACAGAACGAUACAAGAGGAAUGCUGAACGCGUUGAUCAGGUUGAUCGCGUGGCAAUAUAGGUGGUACUCUGAAUUCUCGCCUGAACUCUUAUAUAUCAUCCGCAAACUGAUCGAGGAAGAAGGCGCCGUCAAGGUGCGCAGUAUCGUACAAGCAACCAACCUCCCCCAGCCAAUACUGGAUCUCACCCAUCAAUACUGCCAGCUCUGUGCAACGUUUAGAAGCAGUGGAAGCGACGGCUAG